AUGGUGGCUUCAACAGUAAAAUGGGUGCUAUCAAACAGAACUAUCUUGAAGCAUUUAUUUCUAAUUCAAAGUAAAAGUGGAACUUAUGUUUGUUAUAAAUCUACAUAUUCUUCACUUCCAGAUGACUAUAACUGCAAAGUAGAGCUCUCCUUGACCUCUGAUGGCAGAACCAUAGUGUGCUAUCACCCUUCUGUGGACAUUCCAUAUGAACAUACAAAACCUAUCCCUCGACCAGAUCCUGUGCAUAAUCAUGAAGAAACACAUGACCAAGUGCUAAAAACCAAAUUAGAAGUCAAAAGUGAACCCCUUGAGCAAGGACCCAUGAUAGAGCAACUUAGCAAAGUGUUCUUCACUACAAAGCAUCACUGGUAUCCUUGGGGACAGUAUCACACACGUCGUAAGAAACUGAAUCCUCCAAAAGACAGAUGA